AUGCCUGAUACGACUGUCCUGCCUUUUCCCUCUGGAUCUUGUGACAGUCCGAGUGCAGCCGGUGGCAGCAGCCUUGCGACUUUAUCACCCUCACCACCAACCGACAUAUCAUUAAUAUCAAACCGGAGCAUUACCAAUAAUAACAGUAUCAAUUUCAGUCUCAGAGCCUCUGGGCCCAUCCGAAUUGUCAAUAAUUCCGGGAAUACUACCAUUAUCAGUGGCGGUGUGAAGAGAAACAGUCUUCCAAUCAUCACCAGCGGCGGUACCAUUCCCAAUCCGUCCACCCCAAACCCGGCAUCUCCAUCUUCUGGAACGGCUCUUUCGCCUUCGUCCUUUAAAUCAACUGCCACGGAAAGUUUCCCAACUUCUCCAGUAACUCCCAUCCAAGAAAUCCAAGAAUCAAGUAACUGCACUAUCCUUCCAUCUGCUGGUGCUCUUGUUCCUGGUAUUCUUACCUCAUCACCAUCCAACUCGAACUUCAACUCGACCUUCAACAACGGUGUCUCGAAGAAAGACGACGGCCGUGCAACUGCAGCGUCGACUUCAUACUACAGCACUCUUGCUCAACGUCAAAUCAAAAAUCUUUCAAACGCAGCUCCUUCACCAUCCUUCACCAUCAUCGAAGGCCCCUGUUCUGUAAAGCAAACAGAAGGCUUGACCAAUAAUAGCAAAGAGUCUACAAGUGUUGGGAACACUGGACAUACCAACCGAGCGUCAAUCAGUAUCUCAUCUGUCAACCCGCUUCUUUCGCUUGCCAAUCUUGCACGAGCGGUUUCAGGUUCGCCUACAAAUCCUCAAAACGGCAGUACAACACCUUUGACCUCCCAAACCCUCGGCCGGAAAAAGACGCUAUCCAGUCGAAGAAAAAGUGACGGCAGUCUCUUAAAAUCGUCCAGCUACGAUAACUUAGAAUCUCUUAACCAGCGGUUUCCGGCUGGUUUGACUCUUGCUGAAGUUCUCGAAACGACCGGGAAUCAUUCACAGGCAGUUGCCAUAGACCCAUCAAAUAAAAAUACACCCAACAUGCAUCAAUCAUCUUCAAGAUUGUUGCGUAUGACGCAGGACGAUAGACCGUUCACAAGGGAUUUCAAAGAUCUCUUUUCUACACUCAUAGUUUCUUUACCUCUAACACCCCAUAGGCUACGUUUCAAGACAUAUUCAUUUACUUUUACCUCAGACCAAGCUGUAAAUAAUCUGGGUUCGCUCAAGUUUUCUCAGUCCAACAGAAUGCCUGACCCUAAGGAUCCAUCACGGAUCGUUACAACUACUACAACAACGACCUUCAGUAUGGCAAAGGAGAUGGCGAGGACAGUCUGCCAAAAGUUCGUCGCUGCAAGGUUUAUGGAAGCUGUUGGCGAGAAGACAGGUACACCUUUCACGAGCAAAAAUAUGCUGUGGCAGUUAACUCCAAAGGGAAUACAUGUUUUGGAACGUUUCUGCCAAAGGAAUGGGAUCAACUCUCCGCACAUCAUGGCUCUCUUAUCAUCUCCUCUAAACACGAUGCGAUUAGUUAUUCUCGAGAGGGAUCCAGUUACCGACAAAGUUUCACAAGACAAGUCUACCACUGAGAUUAUCUUCCGUAGAUUUGCCGGAAGCACACCCAACAUCAAACAAACUGUUACAGCAUCCGAUUCGGACUCACUAUCAGAAUAUGGGGAUGGCCACACUGGUGUCAAACUUGCAGAAACACGGAAGGUCUACGACAAGGUUGUCAAGUUUUCUUUCACAGGUAAAGCAGGGGUGGACUGGUUGCUCGAUUGCUGCACAACUAUUGAGCCCGUUGAAACCUACGAGAUUGCUAGUUUGUUUACAAGAUUUGGUCUCAUUCAAUGUGUGGUUGAGGAUAAAAUCUAUCUUCAACAGGAGCCGAAGGCUAAGGAUUUUCAGCCGACAAAGUCUGCGAUCUACAUCGUAACAGAACGUGGAAAGAGGAUAGCUGGUUGGAUAGAUUCCGAAAGGGGAAGCAUUGAGAAGAGAAACGGUCAUGCAAACGGCGAGAAGAGCUCUCAAGGUUCUAAAUCGGGGCGUGGAAAGGAACCCGGUGAAAGCCGCGAGACCAACACAACUCGUCUUUCUUGCAUUAUUCACGACCCAGCCCUGCGUCUACUUUUCAGAGAGUUCUUGCGUGAAACGCUUUGCGAAGAGAACUUGACCUUCUGGAUAGAUGUCAAUGACUUUCAAUUGCAAUUCAAAAACCAGACAACUCUCGACAACAUCAGAGAAACUUUGGCCUAUGCUUACGGAAUCUACAAUGCCUUCCUCGCUCCCGGUUCGCCGUGUGAGUUGAACAUCGACCAUACUCUCCGUCAAGAGCUUGCCUCGACAAUGACUCGAGCUGUUGCAAAAGACCAACAAGGAAUGCUCGGAAGUCUUCGAGAGGUGGCCAACCUUUUCGAAAAGGCACAGGAACAAGUCUUCAAACUGAUGGCCAGUGAUUCGGUCCCUAAAUUCGCUAGGACUGCUCGGUACAUUGAGAUGUCUGGAGACCACGGCUCUGACGACGGGUCUGCGAAUGGUACUUCUCCCCCUGUCCGCAAAGUGCAGCGACAUGCAAAAUAG